AAACCAAAAAAAAAACAACAACAACAGAAACAAAAAACAGGCUUAGCUUUACAAGAUGUUUGCUGUGUUCAUUGUAUACAUCAGUAUGCAUGUGAACUUCUGGUUCACACAGAAUGAACUGCAGACGGCUUUACCACCAAAUGUUUCAGUUUCGAAAACCAUGGUUUUACGAUGAUGAGAUGAGAUAACAACACACAAAAGAGGCUCCAAUGUUUUCUUUUUUUUCUGCAGGCAGAGAAAGCAGAAGGAUUCAUCAACCUCUCCGGCUUCUCCGUCGAACAGGCCAAACAUUGCAGGAGGAAACAUGCGAUAACAGCGAGUCAUCCUCUGGUGGUGAACAUUUUCAUCGCUGCGGAGAGCUUCACCGACAUGAACAGGUGGAUCAGAAAACUGUCGGAGGCGGCCGAGCCGUGUGAACUGAUCCACGCUGAAGAGUGCUACAGUGAGGGCAGCGAUCAGGACUGUGAUGAUCUCGUUUCCUGUCCUCGACAGCCCGAUCCAGAAACAUCUGAAGACACUCCUCUCCUCUACGAGUCCCUGCAGAGUGACCACAGAAGAAGAAGUACCUCCGAGGUGGCGGGUUUGAGUAGAAACAGAAGAAGAAGAAAAGCCUCGGAGGGCUCUGAGCGUCUCUCCUGGUUAGAUCUCCCCGGGCCGGAUGGAGACAGCACAGGAGCGUCCCUCCCUCCUGUCGGCACGGGAGCGUCCCUCCCUCCUGUCGGCACGGGAGCGUCCCUCCCUCCUGUGCACGCUGAACGAGAGGAGGAUGUCCCAGACCAGCCGGCUCCGGAUGAGAUGGAGAGCCUUUACGUCCACCUGAAGGCGGCCAGCUUGUCUCUGAUUGGACGGUCCAGUCAGAGGGACUUCAGGGCGUCGUUUGCCAGACGAUGUAAGAACGACAAAGUCAACGAGAAGCUUCACCUGCUCAGGAUCCUCAGCAGCACGUUAAAGGCGAAACAGUCGGAGCUGCUGGCGGUGGAGCAGAUCCUGACCGACCCGACUCUCACCCCGCCAACGUACAGAAAGUGGAGGAUCUCCAACUCCGUCUUACUGCAGGAGAUCAGGCAAAGAAACCAGGCAGCAGGGGGGGCCGUGGAGCGGAGACCUCCUGAUCAGCGCUCUGUGACCUGAUGACAAGAGGUGCAGUCAGUGGAGACUGCAGACCAGCAAAGAGCAAGACCGCGUUUGACGGGUCCUCCACGAGAUUUGGAAUACCCUCCCAUCAGAAAUAAAAAUCAUGAACUGACUCCAAAGCUUUGGUUAACAAGGCGCAACUAUAUGGAGAUAGAAUUGUCUCAUACAUAUCCAAAUGAUGUGUAGAAAUAUACAAAUAUAAAAACGUGACACACAAAUAAAUAAGCUAAUUUGCAUAAAUAAACGUGCAUUUGUAAAUCUAUUUUCGAGAUUUGAGAAUAAAUAUUCUCGACUUUG